AUGUGUGUAAACGAACACGCUUGUCGUGUUGCGGUACGUGUGCUUUCUACGAAAUUGACUUUCAUCGCCUCAGCGGCACGCGGAGGCGGUAGCUCGCACGUACAGCGCUGCAGCUCGGGGCCCGCGCUGCGCGCCUCGGGGCGGACGCCCGUCCCCCCGCCGAGGCGACGCUGGGUCCCGCCCUCUACUUUGAGAAACCACGAUGUGCCCGACGGAGAUGCCAAACACGACAUCAUAUUCCGAAAGGUUCGCGGUAUUCUUAAUAAACUCACGCCGGAAAAGUUCCAAAAGCUGAGCGAUGAUUUGCUCGGUUUGGAGCUCGACUCGGACAAGGUGCUGAAGGGGGUCAUCCUUCUCAUCUUCGAGAAGGCACUCGAUGAGCCUAAAUACUCGUCGAUGUACGCGCAGCUGUGCAAGCGGCUCAGCGAGGAGGCACCCAACUUCGAGCCGCCCGGUCAACCUUGCACAUUUAAGCUGCUGCUACUGAACAAAUGUCGCACCGAGUUCGAGAAUCGUGCUCAGGCGUUUGCCGCAUUCGAAGACAAGGUGCUAUCGCCCGACGAGGAAGAGAAGCGACAUCUUUCAAAAUGCAAGAUGUUAGGCAACAUAAAAUUCAUCGGAGAGCUCGGCAAACUGGAGAUUCUCGCCGAGUCCAUCCUCCACAGAUGUAUACAAAACUUGCUAGCGCGACGUGCGGCCGCCGAACACCACGAGGACCUGGAGUGUCUCGCGCAGCUCGUGCGGACUUGCGGCCGCGUGCUGGACUCCGAACGCGGCCGCGGCCUCAUGGACCAAUACUUCGCUCGCAUCGAGACCUUAUCCUGCUCGCGCGAAUUAGCGCCGCGCAUACGCUUUAUGCUUCGCGAUGUGGUGGAGCUGCGUCGCGGAGGCUGGGUGCCGCGCGCCGCCGUGACGGCCGAGGGCCCCGUGCCCAUCCACCAGCUGCGGUCCGACGACGAACCACUGUCGCGGCGAGAGCGCGAGCGCGAGCGUGACCGCGAGCGCGAGCGCGACUCGUUGUUCCGCGGCGGGCUGCGCUCGCGGCCGCUGGACGACGUGCUGGCGGGCCUGAGCCUGCAGCCCGCCGCCGCGCUGGUGCCGCCGCCCGACAAGCUCUUCGGCAACGGCUUCGGCGCGUCGCGGGACGCUUUCCGCCAGCGCUCCGCCCCCGGCUACUACCCGCGCCAGUCCAACAAUAUGCAUUAUAACAAGCACUCUCAGACCAACGCACAGGGCAACGGCUCUAAGGAGUCGGGGUCGCGCGCGGCCAAGGCGCGCGUGUACGCGGCGGGCGCGCUGCAGGACGUGCAGAUGCGUCCGGCCGCCAACUCGCUCAUGUUCACGGCCAACAAGCUCUCCAAGCCGCAGCCGCAGCUGCCGCUGGCGCCCGUCCAGCAGAACGUAUUAACGCCGGCGUUCGCCUCCACGCCACCGCUGAUGAAGGAGCCGGUCAUCACCAUCAAGCCGGCGGCCGAUAAGAAGGACAAGCCCAAGAAGGACAAGGGCGCCAACAAGGAGGAGGCGUGCCGCCUCGCCGUGGAGGCGGCCGAGGCGGCGGCGCAGCUCGGGCCCGACGACGCGCUGGAGGAGGGCGGCGCCCUGCAGCGCCUGCGCGAGCUGGGCGCGCCCGACAAGGUGCUGCGGCGCUGCUGCGCGGCCGUGCUGGAGCGCGCGCUGGGCGCCGGCGACGCGCGCGAGCUGAGCGGCGCCGUGCGCGUGGCGCGGGCCAUCAAGCGCGCGCCCGGCGCCGACGCCCUGCGCGCGCUGCUGGCCGCGCAGCCGCCGCACGCGCGCCUGCCGCGCCUGCUGGCGCACGCCGUGCAGCACAAGCUGGCCUCGCUGGCCGAGCUGGGCGCGUGGUGCGAGGCGCCGCGCCUGCACGCGCUGCUGCUGGACGUGCUGCAGGAGCUGCAGGCGCUCGUGGGCGCCGAGCGCCUGCGCACGCUGUACGACGAGAGCAAGCUCAACCUGUGCGCCUUCGUGGGCGAGGGCGGCGGGGGCGCGGCCACGGGCGGCGCGCUCGAGGCGCUGGAGGCGCGCGGGCUGGCCGCGCUCGUGCCGCAGCUGCGCGUGCAGGCGCAGCUGGCGCGCCAGCUCGCCGCCGAGCCCGCGCCGCACGCGCUGUACCGCUGGAUCAAGGCGAACGUGGAGCCGGCGGUGCGGCAGAACGCGGCCUUCGUGUCGGCGCUGGUGGCGCUGGUGGCGGAGCACGUGACGGGCGAGGGGGGCGCGGGGGUCGCUGGGGGGGCGGGGGGCGCGGACAAGGCGGCGCUGGAGCGGGAGAAGGCGCUGGUCGAGGCCUACGCGCCGCUGCUCACGGCGCUGCUGGAGGGCCGCGCCGACCUGCAGCUCGCCGCCGUCUACGCCGUGCAGGUGCACGCGCACCACCACCGCUACCCCAAGGGCAUGUUGCUGCGAUGGUUCAUGUACCUGUACAACCUUGAGGUCUGCGAGGAGGACGCGUUCCUGCGUUGGCGCGAGGAUGUCAAUGAUGCCUACCCUGGGAAGGGCGAGGCGCUAUUCCAGGUGAACACAUGGUUGACGUGGCUCCAGCAGCAGGAGUCCGAGGACGAGGAGGCGGAGGACUAG